AUUCUCCCAUAGAUUAGUGUCCAGACUUGAUAGAAGAUAAUGGCGACUUUAUACGCUUCAACACAAGAAACAACAAACGCUAAUAGAGCUUGCCGUGUUGUACUCGGACCCUGUACAGAUGGACUACGAGACAUACUGCGUUACUAUAUCCCCCCAAUAACAUUUCCUCCUGUCAUCAAAGUAAACGAACGUAAGCUUUCGAGACUGACAGCAGAUCAGCGUGCUUUAAUAUUACCUCGGCAUGGAUAUUAUGUGGGGAGCUAUGGUGAUAUGGACAUAUCAUUAUUGUACAUCUUAUUGAGGAACAUAACCAACAUAUCUCCUCACACCAAGGGCUGGGGCAACGAUCUCGACCCCCAUGACAGGAGUCUCUCUGCCAACAUCGAGAGGAUUCGAUUGGUCCGGAAUCGUUGUGUUCACUCAUGUGAUCCAUCCAUGUCCAACACAGACUUUAACUCCAUCUGGUCCACCAUUAGAUCGACAAUGGUAGAUUUGGAUUUAUUCCUCAUGAAUGGAAACAAAUAUGAAAAGGCGGUGUAUUUCUUACGUCACGAGUCGAUGGACACUGCACAUGACCUACAUUACGAAGAACUGAGGAAGCAGGUGGAGGAAGAUAAGACGACCAGGGAAAUGGUGGACAACCUUGAGAAUAAGAUACACGAACAUGCAGAGAAAUUCAAUAGAGUCGAUGAUAUACUGGAGAAUUUGAAUCGGUCCCCGAUUCCACAAAAUGUGAGAGAGCAAUACGAUAUCAAUAUUCAGAAAUGGAGAGAGGAAGACAAGCUUUACUAUGAAACUCACAACUUUCUGUCAAUGAUGGAGAAAGUGAGGAACCAACCUUGCGUGACGUUUGUUGGUGUGCCUGGGUCCGGGAAGUCUGUCACGGCUCACCACAUCGCUCUCAAGCUCCAGGAGGAAGGUUACGAGGUUGUACCAAUCAAAGAUAUCAGGACUAUUGAGCAAUAUGGUGACCCCAGGAAUCCACAGGUUUUCGUUAUUGAUGAUGUAGUAGGUGUCUUUGGCCUCCAGAAAACAAAAUUAGAUGUGUUGUCUGAAUAUGAACAGAACAUAAGAAAGCCUUACAUGGUUAAGUCUAAAACAUUGAUGACAUGUAGAUGGACUGUGUUCAAUGAGACACUUACGUACAAACCAUUCCUUACCAAAGAAGAGACUGUGAUUAAUUUACACAGUUCUGAUAAUGCAUUAAAUGACAAUGAUAAAAAGCAGAUUCUCCAGAAGCAUGGUUUAAAUGAAAUAUCGCCUGCAGAGCUGACACCAACAUCUCGCAAGUUUCCCCUUCUAUGUAAAUUAUUUUCAAAGAAACCAAAAUGCAAAGUUUAUGGACCAAUGUUUUUCCGGAAACCAGUCAAAUGUAUACUUGAUGAACUUACAGAUAUGCAAAGGCAUAACAAACUGAAUUACGCAACACUUGUUCUGUGUAUGCUAAAUGAAAACUGUCUCUCAAAAGACAUUUUAAAGAAUAGAAAAAAUGAACAUUUCAUCAGCAUGAAAGGAGAAACUUUGGAGAAUUGUGAAUUGGAAAUCCAGACCAAUGCAUUUGAGUUGAUGAAUGCCUUGUCAGCAAUGAAAGGGACCUACACAAACCGGUUAGAUGGACAAUAUACAUUUAUACACGACUCCAUGUUUGAAAUAUGUGCUUACCACUAUGGAAAACAGUUUCCUGGCCAGAUAUUGUUGUAUAUGAGUAGUAGUUAUAUUGCUUAUUAUGUCAAACCACAAAGAGAUGAACCAGGUAGUGUAAACAAAAUAGAAGAGGAAGAGUGUGAUUCUGAAUCUGUUGAUGGUGAUGAGAGUAACAAUGAUAAUGAUGGAGAAGAGGAGAGUUAUGAUGAAAACAAUGAGAGAGAGGAAUCGUUUGAUCUGUAUAUAAGGUUACGUGAGGAUCAGUACCCACUGUUAGCAAAGAGAUUGUACAGAGACAUACAGAACAUGGAACUGUAUGAUGUUUUCAGGAAUCAGGUUUUAAAACACCCCCAAGUAUGUCAGGCUUUUAUUGGUGUGCUAGAGACAAUGACCUUCACAGAAUUCAAAUUCUUAUUUUUGUCCAGUCAGGAACAGGUAGAUGCGAUAGUGAGUAAACGAAUGAAUGUGGUGGAUGAGAGUAGGGGGAGGAGUGAGUGGGGUGAGUGGGAAAGACAGGAAGUGCUGGUGGAUGAAAGGCCUAAACGACAUGACAAGGGAUUCACGUACAACGUGAGAGUAAUCAGCUGGGUGAUUUACUACGGACAUCAUCGGAUAUUAAAGUACAUAAUACAACGGACUGAUCGACCCGAUGCAAUCAGUGAAUUAUUUGAGAUAUCAAGAAAAGUUUUCGGAAACCAUACAGAGAAGAGGCUUGAAGAACAGUAUAGAUUACUUGUAUUGAGUUGUUAUAGUGGUGAUGUUGACACAGUCAGAGUUCUACUUCCUCUCUGUCAAGAAACAAUCAACGGUACUUAUGUACGUCGUACAUGUAUCAAUGAACAAUCACCUCUUCCUAUUGCAUGUAAGGGAGGAUAUGUACCUGUAGUGAAGUUGCUGUUGAAAGCUGGGGCUGAUGUUAAUUUACAGGAUGCAUCGGGGAAUACACCACUAAUAACUGCAUGUAAGGAAGGGUAUGUGAUGGUAGUGAAGGAGCUGUUGGAGGCGGGUGCUAUUGUCGAUCUACUGGGUAGACGGGGGAAUACACCAUUAAUAGCUGCAUGUAAGGGAGGGCAUGCGAGUGUGGUCGAGGAACUGGUGAAGGCGGGGGCUGAUGUCAAUCUACAGAAUAGCUGGGGGGAUACACCACUAAUAGCUGCAUGCAAGGAAGGGCAUGUAAAUGUGGUGGAGGAGCUGGCGAAUGCGGGGGCUGAUAUCAAUUUACAGGACAGAGCGGGAAAUACAGCAAUGAUAGCUGCAUGUAAGGGAGGACAUGUGAUUGUAGUAGAGAGGUUGGUGAAAGUGGGAGCUGAUGUCAAUCUACAGAAUAAAUGGGGCGAUACACCACUGAUGACUGCAUACUCGGAAGGACAUGUGAGUGUGGUGAAGGAGCUGGUAAAAGAGGGGGCUGAUGUCAAUUUACAGGACAAAUAUGGGAAUACACCACUGGUAGCUGCAGUUAAUGAAAAACAUGUGAGUGUAGUGGAGGACUUUUUUGUACUCAAGAAUUGGUGACAAUCCUAAUGAUGAAUGUGGGGAUACAGCAUUGAUAACUGCAUGUAAGGAAGGGCAUGUUCGUGUGGUAGAGAAGUUGGUGAAGGCGGGGGCUAAUGUCAAUCUACUGGAUAGAGAGGGGGAUACACCACUGAUGAUUGCAUGCAAUGAAGGGCAUGUGAGUGUGGUCGAGGACCUGAUGGAGGCAGGGGCUGGUGUCAAUUUACAGAAUAGACGGGGAAAUACAGCACUGAUAUAUGUAUGUAAGAGAGGACAUAUGAAAUUAUUGGAGAAACUCGUACAGGCAGGGGCUGAUCUCAAUCUACAGAAUGAUUGCAGGAAUACACCACUGAUAGUUGCAUUUAAGGGAGGACAUGUGGGUGUGGUGAAGGAGCUGGUGAAGAAGGGGGCUGAUGUCAAUCUACAGGAUAAAUGGGGGAAUACACCACUGAUAUAUGCAUGUAAGGCUGGAUAUACAAGUGUGGUCGAGGAGCUGGUGAAGGCGGGGGCUGAUGUCACACUACGGGGUAGAUUGGGAAAUACACCACUCAUAGCUGCAGUGAGAACGUGUCCCUUGUCAACAGUCAAAUAUCUAGUGGAACAUAAAGCAGACAUCAUUACUCAAGUUGUUGAUGUCAAUGUGUUAGUGGUAUACACAGCAUUAAUACUGAACAAACCAGAGAUAGUGAAAUAUCUCAUACAAGAACAAAAUAAAAUUAUCCCUGGUAGAUAUCACGGAAAUGUACAUCUAUUUAACUGUCUGUUGGACAUCAGGCAUGCUGGAGUUAAAACAGACAGCAGGGAUGAUGUGGUGGUGACAAACAGAUCAGUGUGGCGCAUGGGUAGAGGGGGGGAUUUGUUGAGGACAAUCAGUGAGGGAGAUUGUGAUGUACUGAGACGUCUUUUGAGUGUGGGUCUGGAUGUCAAUCAGUUGAUACAGUUGAAUAAGCCUGAUGUGAGACCGCUGUUGUAUACACUGAUUGAUGAGCGGUAUGGUGUUCUUCAUAGAACGGAGGUAGGGGUCCUGUUCGGGGCGGGGAUGGAUGUUAAUUUCAGGUUGAAAUAUAAAGAGUAUGACUCUGUAUUAGACAGGAAUGGUGUGUCUGUUCUAGAGAGGACGCGGCGACUGAUGUGUAAGUACAGUGAGAGUAAAGAUUACACUGAUAAACGCAGAGUGUCAGGAUACAAGAGAGUGAUGUGUGAGAUAAAGAAACAUGUCAGAAGACACUCUGUAUAAUCUCAAAUAAAAUUGUAGAGAUACGUUGUUACUGAGUAGAAAAUAGUGGUGUGUGAGAUAAAGAAACAUGUCAGAAGGCACUCUGUAUAGUCCUUGGUAGAACUGUAGAGAUAUGUUGUUACUUGAUUGAUAGACGUAUUGAAUAUAAACCCUGAUAGGAUAAAAGUGUUUUGUACAUAACAUUAAAUAGAUCACCCGCACAUCUCUCUCGUUUGUUUGUGUAGAAAUAUAAAAUAUUUAUCAUAUUCUGUAAAUACUCGACACCUUGUGAAAAUAUACAGUGUUAUUACAAUGUUUCAUAAAACAUAAUAAUUAAAACAUGUGUUGUAUGAUUUGUGGAAACCAGUUUUUAUUAUACUUAUUAAAACACGAUUAAUCUUU